UUUGGUAACGGAUGGAUGGGGCCGUUCGAGUCUGUUGAUAAUCUGUGUUCAGUUUAUGCAGUCACUCUCUGGCUGCAGGUGAUAGACUUAAAAAUGGCAGAAAAUCGUGAUACUGGACCUCUCCCUCCUGGAUGGGAUCGAAAAUAUGAUCACCGGACAGGGAGACAUUACUACAUCAACUAUUUUAAUAAAACAACAACAUGGGAAGAUCCAAGGCUUCGUUAUCGUCAACUGGCUCAGCCUAUUCCGCAACAUGUACCAACAGCUGUGUCAGAAACCAUUCCGUUGCAGCACGGGUCUCCAGAUUCCAGAGGUUACCAUGUGUACCCUUCAAAUUCUUCCCAGUACCCACCACAACCAGCUUUCCAAAGUCCAGCCCCAUAUAGCCAUCCAUCAGUGUUCUUUCAGGAUUUGACAAAUGUUCGGCCAAGUCCUAUUGCUGGUAGAGCAGUAGGUCUUCCUAUCAACCCAUAUGCUUCUCCAGCUCGUACAACAGAGACUUCUAUGACAACUGACACAGAGCAAUCAGUUGCUAAGAUCAGCGCCAUGUUUCCCACUGUGUCUGAUACACAUAUUAGGACGCUGCUGAUGAAGUAUCAUAAUCGUGAAGCGGUGGUUAUGAGCGCACUGCAGGUGGAGAAGCAUCCCAUUAGCACCCCUGGGCCAUAUGCCACACCACCUCUUCAAGGCAGGCAUUUUCAUGCACCAGGCAUUGGAGGGUUUUCUGCUUUGCAGAUGACUCCUCCCCUUGGGAUACGUGAUAGUCCUCGAGCUGGUUCCCCCAUACCUCGUCCUGGUUCAGGCGCCAGUGGAAGCUAUAUUGGCUCACCAAGAAUUGGGGAUGUAUAUCGGCGACCCCAUUCUUCCCCCAAGAUGAAACUGAGAUAUCUGAAGAGUGUGUUUCCCAAGGUGGAUGAAACUUUACUGUUGGACAUCCUCUCAAAUUCUGAUAACAAUGUCCAGAAAGCAACAGAAAAGUUGAUUGCUAUGGGCUUUGAAAAGCGUGACACACCUCCUCCGAGACUUACCUUGCGGAAGAAGGAAGAAGAACAGCAGAAAGUGAUGCAGGAAAACCAGUCAGCAAUGCCAUCUUCACCUCCUCGUAUGAAGAGUCUUGAAGAGAAGCAGAAGAUGAAAGCAAGAUUACAAGAAAAAUACCCUGACAUUCCAGAGCGUGUGAUCACAAUAGCUUUAGACAGUGUUGAUUUUGAUGAAGAGCGAGCAAGCCAGAUAUUGAAUAUAAUGGUACAAGAGGAGGAAAAGAAUAAAGUAAAGGAGCCAGCAUCAGUAAGAGAAAGCCAGCCGGAAGAAGCUCGAUCAACUCCACAACCAACUAUAGAGCCAGAUGCAGUUCAGGGGCCAUCACCAGUGCAUAGACCAACAACCAGAAAGGCACCUGAUAAAAUGGAUAAAGGCCAACACCGGAGAUCAAAAGGAAAAAAAGAUAUUCCCAAAGUUUCUCGUGGUACAAGUACUACUGAAGACAAAGAGUACAAAUCACCAUAUCUGAUGAAGGUUUGUGGGCCAAACAGAGAUUUGUACAAGGGACCAAAUGAUGAACUGUUACUAGUUGAUUAUAUCACUUGGAAUGGACCAAAUGUUGAUCUCCUGGGGAAUGGAAGGAGAAUAUCAUUAGCAAAGGGACCCAAUAAGUCACUUCUUCAAGGGGAACGCUCAUACAUAGCAAAGGGUCCCAACAGUGACUUGAGGAAAGGGCCAAUGAGAGGACUGGCAAAAGGAAGCAUCUACUCCCAGCUAAGUACCAGUACUGCUGGUGAAUCACGUGGUAAAUAGCAUUGUGUUUGAUUGAGUCCAUAGAAAGUAAGUAGUUAUAUCCUUAAAUUUAAUUAAGCAUCUUUUUAUACAUAGGUUUCAUGGUGAAAGUGAUUAUGUAAGUAUGUUUCCCAGUACUGUAUAUGGUUCAAUAAAAGUUCUUUCCUAUCUCAUAAAGUAAAAAAAAAUUACAUUGUGUGAAAUGCAUGUUUAUAUAAAUUGUAGGAGUUCAGAAUCAGAGUGGAUUAGUCACUUUAAAACUUUCAUUAGUACCAGUAUGAAUGGACAGACUGUGCACCCUGAAGAUUAAAGAAAUAUGUUCCUUUGAAAUGUUGGCAUACAGCCAAAAUAAUAUAUAUAAAGCAACACCCAAGAAGACCGUUGUAAGUGCCAGGAAUCAAUUUUGGUGACCUUUGUCCAUGCUGCUGCUGCUGCUACAGCUGUUGUCACAAUUGCAGAUUUCAGGUUUAGAAUAACAGACAAUAUGAUGCUGGGCUCUGAUACCUCAGUAUGACUGCUUAUUUUUGUAUAAUGUAGAUUCUAGUUUUCUCAUUAUAAUGAUGGAAUAAGAAAGUGUGAACUGAAUAGCAUACUUUUAAGAGCAGAAUAUUUUAAGAUACAUCAAUGUAUUCAGUAAAAAUUAUAACUCACUAGAAUAAGCACACAGGGACAUACAUGUAUGGAAGGUGAACACCAUUCUUUGAACAUAACUGAAGAUGUAAAAAUUAUGGUUUUUCUAUGAUGGAAAACUGCAGAAAGAACAUGCUGAAAUGUAACUUUGAGAAAACGUUUUUUUAUGUCUUUUGUGAAGUCCAGUCUGAAUUGACAAACUUAAUAUAUUAAGAUGGCUGUCUUUGGGAUGUUGCGCUGCAUAGCCUGGUGGAUACUGAUCAAUGUUUCAGAAGUGCUUAUUCCCUUCAUCCUGAGGGUGAAGGCACUAAGAACCUCUGAAAUAUCAUUUGGUAUCUACUACACUAUAUUGUACAGCAUUAUAGAAGACUGUCAUCUUCAUACUCAUUGUUGUGAGAACCUGAAAUCUCAACUUAGUACAUGUCUCCAGCUUGUUGGCCUCUGCUCUUUUACUGAGGUGGAGGAAUUACUGUAAUUUGUUGUGAAAUUAGUGUUUGUAUAUAUAUAUAUAUUUUGGUGAUACAUUAAGUCUUAUACCUCCUAUUAAUUAAUUUCUUAAAUCUUGUGUGAUCUCCUUUGGCUUUGAAGCCUAGUUUCAAAUGAUAAGCUUCUUGUAUGCAUUGUGUUGUUCCAUGAUAUUGUUUUCGUCCUUCAAACUGCUCCUGAUUUAAUCCUGUUUACUUCCGAACAUAAUGCUGUAGGCUACAGGAAUUGCCAGUCUGCAUGAGAGAUAUCUGCGCCCAAGAUAAGUAGUUUUAAAAUUCA